AGCAUGUGUGUCUUUUGGACCACGAAAUCGAUCUAUUGGAGCGGCAGCUAAAAGCCAGGUGGUCACCAAUUGCAAAAACACUGUCCAAGGAUUCAAGCGUUUCCAUGGUCGGGCGUUCUCCGAUCCUUUUGUCCAGAACUUGAAGUCCAGUCUCGUAUAUGACCUGUCACAGAAGCCAUCGGGCACGACGGGCAUAAAGGUGAUGUACAUGGAGGAGGAGAAGGUGUUCGGCAUUGAACAGAUUACUGCGAUGCUCCUCUCCAAACUCAAGGAGACUGCUGAGAGCGCCCUCAAGAAACCCGUCGCCGAUUGUGUCAUCUCU